AUGGCCCAUGUCCCUGAAACAACUAUCGCAGGAGUCACUGUAAUCGACACUCCAAUUGUGCGAGCUGCUCAAAAGUACGCUCGCGCUCACCUUAAUGAUAUGGGAUUUAACCAUGUAAUGCGCUCAUGGAUAUUGGGCGUCGUUGUUUACAAGAAGUUCCGUGAGGCCGGUGCUAUCUCGGAGAUUGAUCUCGAAGUACACGCUCUGAGCGCGAUCCUCCAUGACCUCGGCUGGGACGUAACAGGCGAGCUUAUUUCCAAAGAUAAGAGGUUUGAAGUUGAUGGUGCAGAAGCUGCUUGUAAUUGGAUCAAGAAAGAACAGCGAAACGGUAAAGCAGAUAACUGGGACGAUUUCAGACUUCGGCUAGUGUGGGAUGCAAUCGCGUUGCAUACUACUCCCUCGAUAGCGCUGCACAAGGAACAGGUCAUCAAGGUUUGUGCUCUUGGAAUCGCCGCAGAUUUCCGGGGUCCGGCCUUGGAUGAGAAUGGUACGAUUUCUGAGGAGGUAUACAAUGCUGUUAACAAGAGGUUUCCUCGCCUCGACUUGGCUGACGGCGUUCGCGAAAUUAUCUGUGGCUUUUGCCGUUCUAAACCACAAACUACAUAUGACAGUUUCCAGAUGGAAUAUGGCAAAAGGUUUGUCGAGGGCUAUACGACGGAAGGGCGCCUCUUGUUGGACGCUGUCCAAGCAACUUCCAAGUAA